UUUUUUCUCACUUCGCCCUGCUUCUUGUCGGCGAUAUAGCGUUUGACAAUGAGACAAUAGGAAGGAGACUUUCGCUGACGAUACCCAGCUUGAAUCUCCGCGUCCUUCCAUCGGUCGCACUCAUGUACCGAAAACGCAAACGACGCUUAUAGCAUUUCCGAACGGAGACGGUGAGAGAGUCUCUGUGACCAGCACAUCAUGUCUCCGCCACUGGCCGAGCUGUGCACCCUUCUAGUUGGCAACGCCUUUGGCGACCUUGCUGCUCGAAUCUUCAUUACCCUGGCCGAACACGGUCGCAUGCACCUUCCCGCCCUCCGCCGCAUCUCCGCCAUCCCCCUGCGUCGCCUCAAAGUCGGCCUCACCACCCUCAUCCAACACCACAUCGUUCUCUACUACGCCGAAGAUGAAGAUGCCCCCACCUUCUUUCAGCUAGACUGGACUGCCGCAUACUCCCUCAUUCGCUGUCAUAAAUUCCUCCAAGCCAUAGAAGAGAGGGAAGGCGUGAUUGCUAAAGGACUGGUUGCCAAUGUGCUUCACCUUGGACACACCAGUGUUGGCAAUCUCGCGGAGGAGUAUGGCCUGCUUCCCACCUCCAAGCGUGACAGUGGCAUCGAUACUGGCGAAGAGCACGUAGCCGAUCAUGACAUGGUCAACGGCACUGCCCAGAAUGGAGAAGCGGAUCAUCCAGCGAAAGACAAGAUCACCCUGGCUGACUUCCACACCACCCUCCGUCGCCUACUAAAGCAAGGCAUCCUCGUCAAAGUCAACGAGCGCACAUUCGUCCCUUACGCGGACUUACAAGAAGAAAUCAAAGAGACCGUGAUUGCCGAGGACUUUCCCGAUGGCAAGAUCACCGGCUCGAAGAAGUCGAAGGAGUUUCAAGAGAAGGUCAACACUCUCAAGCGCAAAUAUCAGGAUGAAGAUGCCUAUUCGGACACCCGAGAUAUAGGCUCUCAUGGUGAGAUCAUGCGCUCUGACACGGCCGAACCGAAGAACAAGCGCCUCAAGCCCAACUAUCUUUCCAACGGCACGCACCACCACGCGGGCAUGGCCGAGAGUAACAUUGAGGCAAUCAAUGGAGCCAUCGACAAGCUUCCGAACGACAUGAUAGUGCGAGUGAACUUCGAGAAAGUCACCGUCUUGAUUCGCAACCGAUGUUUCGCGCAAAUGGCCACCUCCUCUCUCGGUCCCGUUACAGGCGCUGUUUAUGCUGCCUUACUCCGAGCCCUUGAGGACCACGCCGUCGCGUUGCGCCGCGAUCCCAAGAUCUAUCAGGACAGGAACGAGGACGAAGACGAGGAGAAUGAUGACGAUGAUGACGACACAGAUCCUUUGCCUGCUGUCACCGACAUCGAAGUGGAGAAGUAUCUCGACCAGUCCAUCGAGCCUGCGGAUGAUGAUGGGCCUCCUCCAAAUCUCCCCAAUGGGAGUGGCGGUGACCAUGACCAUACAGACUCGAACGCAGUCGACGGUACCGCUAAUCCGGUCCUCGCUGCAAUCGAGCAGGAACACUUCUCCGACUCCGAGAUUGACGAAGGCCCGGGCAUGAUCAACCUCCUCAAACGACGCAGGAAACGUCUCGCUCUUAUCGACACACACCUGGAGAUCCUCUCCGAACACGACAAAGCCUUCUGCAUGCGCUCACCCGCCAGCGCCAGAACGUCCGCCAAGACCUACGUUGACUUCUCCCUCAUCGGCGGCAGUCUCGUGGUGGAUAACAUCGACGCGAUGGUCCUGGCGCGCCACGGGCACAUCGCGCACCGCACCGUGCGCAUCAUCCGGCAAUUCGAGAAACUCGACGAGAAGCCCAUUUCGCAAAUGUCGCAGCAGCCAUUCCAGUCCGCGUGCGCCCUCCUCACCAAGCUCUCGUACAACGGCAUCGUUGAAAGCCAAGAGCUUCCCAAGGAUAAUAGACGCGUCCCUAACAGUGCGCUCUAUCUUUAUUGGGUCGACGAUGACCGUAUUCGAAGGAAUCAGUUGAUGCGUGCGUAUCAGGGCAUGGCGCGCAGUCUGCAGCGCUUGAAGUCCGUGAGAGAGGGGAGGUUCCGCGGCGUGAUUGAGAAGGCGGCUCGCAUUGGCAUCUCGACCGACGAAGAGAUUGCCGAAUCGGCGCUGCUGAGUUCUACGGACAAGGAGGAGCUGAAGAAGUGGAGGGAGAUGGAGGAGACGUUACUGGUGCAGGUGGACCGCCUGGAUGAUAUAGUCGGCGUUUACCGGGAUUACAGUGGGACGGAUGCGUCUCUCAUGAUGAUGUGA